AUGGCGAGCUCCCAGAAGAGGAUCACCAAAGAGCUGGCAGAGGUGCUGGGAAACCCACCGGAAGGCAUUGCGGUCAAUCUAGUUGACGAAGGGAACGUGCAUAACUGGAACAUUGUGAUGGAUGGACCAGAAGGCUCUCCAUAUGAGGGCGGCAAAUUCAAACUCCUCCUCGUGCUGCCUACCGAUUACCCUUUCAAACCCCCAAAGAUCAGCUUCAAGACCCGAAUCUGGCAUCCAAAUGUCACAUUUGACGAGCACGGAUCGAUGUGUAUUGGUAUCCUCAAACCAGAGGCAUGGAAGCCAUCUAGCAAAAUUAUGUCUGUUCUUACUGCAACGCAGAAUUUACUUGCAGAGCCUGUACCAGAUGAUGCCGUCGAGACGAGCGCCGCAGAGAAAUUCAAGAACGAUCGACCGUUAUUCAACAGAGAGGCUAGAGAAUAUACCAGGAAAUAUGCGAAGUGA